AUGGAAUCCGGUUCAAUUUAUUACCGGCCGAAAAUAUCGGUAAUUUCACAAAAUUCAUUGUAUUUAUUACGAUAUUCUGAAAUUGAUGGGAAGAAUCCAUCUUAUAAUGCAGAAAGAUUACAAAAAUGUAAUAAAUUUAAUAUUUUAUUUUAUAUUGAUAUACCCACAAUUGAUUAUUAUAAUGAUGAAUUAAAUGAUACAAAAUUAUCAAAAUUUAAUAAAAAAUUUAAAUUAAACCUUUUUAAAAAAUUAAUUUGGGAUAGUUUUGUUGAUAAUAAUCAAGAAUUUUGGUCACAAUUAGCUACUGUUAAACAUGAUUUAAUUCAUUGUAAUUUAACAAUUAAUACAUCAGGUUCAAUAAGAUACGUGGAAACAAUUAAAUUUUUAAUCGAAACUUUAUUUAAAAGAAUUAAUGAUUUAUCAAAUGUUACUUUAAAGAUUAAUCUUAAUGUUUCAAGUUUAACUUUAAAAUGGUUCAAUACUUUUCUAAAUAAUGAUAUCUUAGAAUCAAAAAUUAUUAAUUUUAUUCAUUUAGGUUAUCAUCAUUAUACUUCAAAAAAUUUAUUAAUUGAUAAAAAAUCAUUAGUUGAAUCACCAUUUAAAGAUUAUUUUACAAAAUUGAAUAAAAAAUUCCUUGAUAAUAAUAAAAAUAUUGAUUUAAAGACUAUUGAAUCAAUUGUUAUUAUUGUGAAUAGUACUGGGAUUAAAGCUCUCUUAACAAUUUUAUCUGAUAAGCCUUUAACAAAUUUUAUUUCACAGGAUUCAAUUGAUCAAAUAUUUGAUGAUUCAACAAUGUCAUUACAAGAAAAUUCUUCACCAUCGUCACCACUAUUACAAUCGCAAACAAUACCGAUUUCUCCAACAAUUAAGACACAUAAAAGAACAGAUUCAAAGGAAUCGAUUAAAAGAGAAUCAUUAUCAUUAAUGCAUUUUCAAAAUAACAUCCUUACUUCAAAUAAAGAUAAAUCAGUGAGAGUAAGAUCACAAUCUAUUAGUACAAAACCUUAUCAUCAUACAAAUAAAGUAAUAUUGAACUCUAUCCCUAUUAGAAACUCAUCCUCAAAUACAAAUUUAACAAUACCUUCAAUUAGAGUAUCUCAAUCGCCAAAACUUACAAAUACAAUAAUUGACCAGGAUACUUCGGAACAAAACAAUACUAAAGGACAAGAACAAAUUAGUUCUGAUCUCAAUGAAGUCGAGGAUAACAGUAUUGCUGAAGAUGAAGACGAAGAUGAAGAUGAAGAUGACGAAGAAGAAGAUGAGGAGGAGGAAGAAGAUGAUGGUAUUAGUUUUUACGUACCAAGUCUUCUCUCUAGAACUGCCUCUAGUCAACAUGUACCAGACGUCUCAGCAGAUACUACUGAAGACGGAUCAUCUUCAACAUCUACAGCAACCUCCUCUUCUACGACAAUGAAAAAGGGAAGAUUCAGAUCAUUAAGUUUAAUGGAUCCAGCUCAAAAGGCUCCUUUUAAUCAAAAUAAUUUGGUCCCAUUUAGCUCACUGAGAAAUAAUAUCAGUAGUAGGAGUUUCUCAAAUAUUUAUAUUCAUGAUGGUGAUCCCCAAAACGAUACAUAUCCAAAACCAAUGAAGAGAAAAAGGAAAUAUACACUUAACGGUAAUUUGAAUAAUAUUCCAAACCCACCGACUGGGCUGAUCCCACCUGAAUUUUAUUCCAAGAUGUCAUCGCCUUCUACUAGUAACAAUAGUUCGAAUGCAUCAUUAGUCAAUAUGUUUGCUACACCAAAGAGUAAUAACAAUAAUUCUAAUGGAAGCACAUCUACAGUAAAAUUAUUUGAGAAGAGUUUAAUUAAUAAUUCAUUAGAUGAAAUAAGAAAGAUUAAUAACGAUAAUAAUUCCUCUAAUAGCACUCUUCCAAAAUCAAAUGCUUUAUUUCAUAAUGAUUCAAACCCAUACAAAUUUCCACAUAGAAAUGCAUUUGCUUUAAUGUUUAAUAAACCACAAUCAAAUUUCUUAUCAAUGGAUGAGGAAGAUAGAUUAAUGAUGGGAGAACCUUCUGCUCAAAUCCAAGAACGUGAUGAAAAUAUACAAGUCCUCCCAUCUAAAAUCAAGACAAUCUCAUUUAAUGAAUUAUUAUCUACUGAUAUCGAUCCACAGGAAGACCAAGAACAAGAACAAAAACGUUACAACACUCCUGUCCAAAUUGAUACCAAACCUGGAUUUUUAAAUCUAAACUUAUAUGGUGAGGAUGAUAAUGACACUGAAGGUGCUGUAACAAGUUCUACCACAUCUUCGAAUGAAAUUGCCUUAGGAUCAAAUAAAAAUUUUAGUCAAGAAGAACACAGAUCUGAAACAAAUGAUGAAUUAAAACAAGAUUUAAGUUCAAAAUUUAAGAAAAUACUCUCAUUUGAUCUUUACGGUGAUAACGAUAAAGAUGGAGAUAAGUUCUGGAUGUUAGGACACAAUUCAUAA